CAUAUGGUUGCAGGCCUUCUCCUUCUCCUCCUCACUUCUUAACUGAAGCCACUCAAUUCCUCCCAAGCAAUUCAAAAUGGCGAGUUCUCUCUCGCUCUCGCACCAAUUCCUAUGUACAUAUUCGUCGGAAACCAACCAAUCAUCUAAGACACAACCCCUCACCAGAACCCCAAAACGCUCCCUCGCUCUCCGCACCCUCCUCAAAUCCACGUCUCCCAAGAACAGCUCCACUUCACUUCAAAGUUCGCCGGAAGAGCCAAACCCCAUUAUCAAAAAACCCAAAAGGGCGGCCAAUCGGCCUGACCCGAGUCCUCCUUCUGAAUUGUCCUUAUUCAACUCACCCUUAUUCAUUCGGCUUCGUCGGUUAAGAGAUGAGAGCGUCACGUAUGAUGGGAUUGUUGUGGACAUUUUAUCAAUUGCAUUGCCUGCUGCUUUGGCUCUGGCUGCUGACCCCAUUGCUUCUUUGAUUGAUACAGCCUUUGUUGGGCAUUUAGGAUCUGUGGAACUGGCAGCAGUUGGUGUUUCGGCUUCGGUGUUCAAUUUGGUUUCGAAGUUGUUUAACGUUCCAUUGCUCAAUAUUACCACGUCUUUCGUUGCCGAAGAGCAGGCAUUAGUUGGCAAGGCAAAGGAUGGUUCUCAACAGAUUGGUGAUGAUUGCCAGGGUGACAAGGAAAGCAAGAAGUUCCUACCCUCGGCGUCCACUUCGUUGGCUCUUGCAGCUAGCAUUGGCAUUGCUGAAGCUGUUGCUCUUUUUCUUGGCUCGGGUGUCUUGAUGGAUGCCAUGGGUAUAUCUGUUGAUUCUCCAAUGCGAAUACCUGCCGAGCAGUUUCUUUCCCUAAGGGCAUUUGGUGCUCCACCUAUUGUAAUUGCACUGGCUGCACAAGGAACAUUUCGUGGAUUUAAGGACACAAAGACACCUUUGUAUGCCAUCUGUGCUGGCAAUGCACUUAAUGCUGUACUGGAUGGUAUAUUGAUAUUUAUUUUUAAUCUUGGCAUUGGUGGUGCUGCAGUUGCUACUGUGAUUUCUGAGUAUUUGAUUGCUGCUAUUCUUUUGUGGAAAUUGAAUACCCAAAUAUUACUUAUCCCUACUAAUAUUGAUGGGAGAAGAAUUGUCCGUUAUCUCAAAUCUGGGGGUCUUCUUAUUGGCAGAACCUUAGCAGUGGUUGUAACUACGACACUAGCCACAUCCAUGGCAGCUAGGGAGGGCCCUGUCCCUAUGGCUGGUCAUCAGAUUUGCAUUCAAGUUUGGCUGGCAGUAUCGUUGCUUACUGAUGCAUUAGCUCUUGCUGGUCAGACACUUCUUGCCAGUGGUUAUUCCCAAAAGAAUUAUGAAGAAGCACGCCAAGUGGUUUACAAAGCUCUACAGCUGGGUUUAGUGAUGGGAAUUGGUUUGUCUGCCAUAUUAUUCAUUGGUUUUAAACCGUUUUCUGGCUUAUUCAGCACAGACACAGAUGUCCUAGCAAUUGCAUGUUCUGGUAUAUUGUUUGUUGCCGGAUCUCAGCCGUUUAACGCUAUAGCGUUUGUUCUUGAUGGGCUGUACUAUGGAGUUUCAGACUUUGAAUUUGCUGCUUAUUCAAUGGUGCUGGUAGGACUGACUUCUUCAGUGUUCAUACUUUUGGCUGCUCCUGUUUUUGGUCUUGCUGGAAUCUGGGCGGGGUUGUUUCUCUUCAUGGCAUUGCGUGUAAUAGCUGGAAUUUGGAGGUUAGGUACAAAAAGUGGACCAUGGAAACUGGUCUGGGAUGAAGGGGAGUUGAAAAGUUAGUGAGAUGGAUGGUCGAUUAUCUAGUAAAGGGGAAAAAGCUUCUUGUCUGCUCCUACAUUGAAUGCCGUCAAGGCUGCUGGAUACAAGAAACUUCUCCAAAGUUUCAUGCUGAUGGAGUAACCUUUAUCUAUGCUUCGGUGAUGGCAGCGGUCAAGGCCUAUCUGAUUACUAAGACUAGCUGAAUCAACAAGGGAUUGCAUUCGGUGAGCUUAGAACAACUCGCUGGAUUUAACUUGCAAGGAGUUUGGAAGUUGACAAGAGGUCCAUACCAAAUUUUCUUCCCUUGCAUUCUUCACUUGGUUCUUGUAAAUAUGGGCUUUUUGUAUGUAAAUAGAGUCAACUGCAGCCCCAAACUUAUACAUUUUUUUCCUUGGAAAAAUUGUGUACCUGGGCUAUACAUUUUUGGUUGGCGUAAGUUAUAUGCUUUUCCAAUGCAUUUUUACCAGGUUAAAACAAGUAUAGUAGAGCCAAUUGAAAUCAAA